AUGCCACCUGCCACCACCUUCUUCCUCAUAAUAUUGGUGAACUUUUUGGCUAUCAUUACCAACUCAUGCAGUGCCUCCAGGCCUAGAUCUUCACCAGAAUUCCCAGCCAUUCUAAUAUUUGGUGAUUCAACUGUUGAUACAGGCAACAACAACUACAUCCACACUUUGUUCAAGGGCAACCAUUACCCUUAUGGCAAAGAUUUCAAGGGUCAUGUUCCUACAGGAAGGUUCUCUAAUGGAAAACUAGCUCCUGACCUCAUUGCAUCCAUGAUAAAGAUCAAAGACACUGUCCCUCCUUUUCUUCAUCCAAAACUAUCAGAUAAGGACAUCUUAACCGGCGUCAGUUUCGCUUCUGCCGCAUCUGGAUUUGACGAAUUGACCACUGUUGCAUCCGGGGUCAUCCCGUUUUCAAAGCAAGUUCAUUACUUUAAGAAGUACUUGGCAAGACUUGAGAGGAUUGUAGGGGAAAAGCAAGCCAAAAAGAUAGUUAAUAGAGCUCUUGUUAUAGUCGCUGCUGGCACUAAUGACUUCGUUUUUAACUUCUUCGACAUUCCCACAAGGAAAUUAGAGUUCAACAUAAGUGGAUACCAAGAUUUUGUUCAAAAGAGAUUGGUGAGUUAUAUUGAGGAGCUCUAUGAUAAUGGAUGCCGUAGAAUAGCAGUAUCUGGGCUUCCACCAAUUGGGUGUCUUCCAAUUCAAAGGAGUAUACAGUUUUGGAGGAACCGAAGCUGUGUAGAGGAUCAGAAUAUGGGGGCAAAAGUGUACAAUCAUAAGCUUGAAAGGGUACUAGCAAAAACACAAGCCAAGCUUCCCGGGACUAAAGUUGUCUAUGUUGAUGUAUAUGAACCAUUGCUUGAUUUGAUCAAUUAUCCAGAGAAGUAUGGUUUUGUAGAGACAAAAAGAGGGUGCUGUGGAACUGGACUUAUAGAAGCGGGGCCUACCUGUAAUGUGCUAACACCAACGUGUCAUGAGGCUUCAAAGUACUUGUUCUGGGACAGCAUACACCCCAGCGAAGCUACUUACAAGUACCUUGCCCAAUACCUGAAAGAAGUUCUUCCCAAGCUUUAUAGCAAUCAUUUUGCCCAUGCCCGUGAUUACUUUGUUUGAAACAGAAAAAAUGAAUAGAAACCAAUUAAAAGUAAGUUUUACAAAUUUCUUUACUUGUUUAUUAUUAUUUCUUCUUCCUUAAUCCAUUGAUAGUAAUUGUUUCUGUUGACCUCUUCAAACGGAAUUAAAUUCUUUGUAUGGUUGAUAAGGUUUAUGAAUGCAGCAAAACAUUGGUGAGAUUAUAUUUUAUUACAAGGCUUCCAUUUACUGAAAUCAGAAUUGUGACACUUUUUCGAUUAAGACAAUUGGUCAAUAAGACAAUAAUGGAGUGUUUCUAUA